AUGGAUCUCGGUGGAGUUUUGCCAGGUACUAGAGAACUAUGCGGCGGCCCUAGUGUGGCUUGUUGUGAUGGCUCGGUACUAGAGAACUGUGUGACGACUCUAGUGGGGCUUUAUGUGAUUGCUAGUUAUGUAUUGAAUACAUACGAGUACGUAUUGUUAGGGAUGAAUGAUGAUUUUGGAUUGUUUUGGCCUGAGGCCUUGGUGGCAGCAUGUGGAUGCACACAAGUGUUGCCAAUAAGUCAUGUUUCGGGGACGGGGCGUGACAAGUUGGUAUCGAAGCCAGGUUGGCUCUGUUUGGGGCUCCGUAAAGCUUGUGGAUUUUGGCUUGGCUAUGCCGAUCGGAGACCAGGCGACGGAGCAGCUUUGGCAGAGCCACCUUGGGAGGUGAGGCGCACCGCAGCGCUACGAGUUGAGACAGAGCGAAGAGUGGAUCUGGCGGUAGUGAAGGUGACCAUUACGACAACAAAUACAUCUCCUCCACUUGUUCCGAUAAUUGCAUCAUUCAUCUCUAAAACUUCAUUUACUAUACCAAAUUCCAACAGGUCGCUGCAGCUGUGCUCCCAUUAUGACAGACUUGCCUUGAUCGAAUUCAAUAACACCUUUUCAUUAUACAAUCUUGUUCAUGACGAUUGUACGACUUCUUAUCCAAAGACAAAGUCAUGGAGGAAAGGAAAGAAUUGUUGUUCUUGGGAUGCCUCUUCCGACUUUCACACCUCCAAAAACUCAAUCUUGCUUAGAACUCUUUAUAUCCUUCUGAGUUUCCUUCCAAAUUUGUUACCAAAGAAGGUUCUCCUCCUACCAAACCUCCAGUUAUUGUAUUUAAGAGACUUGAGUAUUGAUUUGCCAAUGUCUAAUUGGAGCACACCUCUGAGGCACCUACAACUUUCUUUAUUAGAUUCCACGAGAGAGCUUUCAUUUCCUGAAUCAAUAUGCAAUCUGACAUCCUUGCAGAUACCAUCUUCAAUUUCAAACCUCACAGAACUUGAAUUCUUAUCUCUUCCUGAAAAUCAACUGUAUAACCAGUUCACUGGAGGAAUCAAAGACUUUCAAUCCAAAUCAUUGAGGAAAAUCAUUGUGAGUAAUAAUAAACUACAAGGUCCUAUUCCAAGCUCAAUCUUUGAUCUCACUACAUCAUUAGAGAUAAUUGAUAUGAGUAAUAAUAAGCUGCAAGGUCCUAUUCCCAGUUCUGUCUUUUGUCAAAUUAACCUUACCAGACUUUUUAUGUCAUCAAAUAACUUGACUAGUGUGGUUGGGGUAGACGAGUUCUUGAAGCUCAAAAAUUCUAAAAAGCUUGACCUCUCAUCUAAUAGUCUCUCACUGUUGAACACCAAAGCAAACCACAAAAACACUGUGUUGCACAAUCUACAAGAGAUACCAGUUCCACCAUUUAAAUUGGAAUUCUUCCUAAUCUCUGCCAAUAAUUUGACUGGAAAGAUUCCUACUUCAUUUUGCAAUAUGUAUAAGAUCAAGCUCCUUGAUAUUUCGAAAAAUGCUUUGUCCGGUAUUAUUCCCGAGUGCAUUGAAAGCUUAACCAACAGUCUUGAACUUCUACAUCUACAAAAUAAUUCAUUUCAUGGAAAAAUUCCAAGCAUGGCGAGAUUCUGUCACUUGGGGAGUCUCAACAUCAAUGACAAUCAAUUCGAAGGGCCUUUACCAAGAUCUCUUGCAACUUGCAAAGAUUUGGAAAUUUUGAAUCUUGGGAACAACAUGAUAAACGAGACAUUCCCUCACUGGUUGCAAACUCUCCCAAAAUUGCAACUUCUUGUUUUAAAAUCCAAUCAAUUUCGUGGUCCAAUUCUUGAUUAUAAGGCCAUUGAUUUGUCUAAUAACAAAUUUGAAGGAGAAGUUUCGGAAGUCAUUGGGAAUCUUUCUUUCCUCAAAGGCCUCAACUUUUCACACAACCUCCUCAGUGGCCACAUUCCAUCGUCAAUGGGAAAUUUGAUAGAGCUUGAAUGGUUAGACUUUUCCUGCAACAUGCUCGGCAAGCAGUUCAACACCUUUGAUAGUAAUUCCUACAAAGGGAACUCAGGGUUGUGUAGAUUUCCAUUAUCAAAAACUUAUGGCGAUGAUGGUGCUUCACCACAAUCACAACCAUUGCCUGGUGAAGAGGAUGAUUCUGGAAGUGGAUUUGAUUGGAAGAUCAUAAUGAUGGGUUACAGUUGUGGAUUGGUUUUGGGAUUGUAUAUGGGAUAUAUCGUGUUCAUAACAGGAAAACCACAAUGGUUAGUGAGGCUUGUUGAAGGAAGCUGA